AGACAAAUUCGGAACGCAGUACAUAUGGCGGACGCUCGGUUUGUGUUUAUGUCAAUAGAGAAGUGAUUUUCGUUUGCGCGGGUGAGUAUUUCCUAAAAACCCUGGAAACAAUAAUGUGGCAGUGAUUUUUUUGUGCAGUGAACAAAUAUUGGUGAUAAUGCUUUGUAUUGGUGAACUUUACAAGUACAUUUCUUGUGAGGUUUUAUAAGGGAUAUUAAGUUGCUGAAUCCUGCAACAAAAAUGACCAACUAUAUGCCACCCGCGCAGGCGCACCCCGGCGCCGGUAAGAUGCGAGAGCGGGAUCGCGCGCGACUACGUACGACCGCUCUCAUCGUCGCAUGCCUGCUGUUCCUCACGUCUCAAGCCGACGCAUCUGACGAAGAAGAAGAAGAAUUCCUAUUAGAAGAAACCGAUUCACCGCAUAUAAUCAUAGUGACAGAGAUACCCCUAUUGGGCAUACCGACGAUGAACGAUACUAACCUUUAUAUACAAUACAUGACACAUCCCCCAGAGAUCACCAUCAGGCCGAGAAACCUGCAGGUCCGCGCGAACGGCAUCGCGGCAUUCUACUGCGCGGCAAGAGGCGAUCCCAAACCAAAUAUACAGUGGAGGAAGAAUGGCAAAAGGGUAUCAAGUAUGCAGUCACGAUACCAGGUGUCCGGGAUGGAGUCCGCCGCUGGACCGGGCGCCAACGGGGCGGUGCUCCGGAUAGAGCCGGUGCGCGCGCAGAGAGACGACGCCACGUACGAGUGUGUGGCAGAGAACGGAGUGGGCGACGCGGUCACUGCGAUCGCUACUCUCUCUGUCUUCGAAGCGGAUAAAGCACCACCUGGUUUUCCGACGAUCUCGCCACCCCCCACCACGAUGGUGGUAGAGGUUGGCCACACCGCCACACUUCCCUGUCAAGCCAGCGGCAAUCCAACGCCCAAGGUGCGAUGGCUGUGGAACUCCCUGCCGUUAGACGUCGCUAUGAACCCUCGAUACGCAUUGUUGAAUGACAAAAUGCUCGGUGCACUUCAGAUUGUGAAAAGCGAAGAAGAAGACCAGGGCAAGUUCGAAUGUGUCGCUGAAAACUCUAUCGGUACUGAGUUCUCCAAGCCGACGUCUCUCUAUGUUAAAGUCAGGAGAGUAGCGCCCCAGUUCUCGAUCCCGCCGCCCCCGCGCACUGAGGUCAAGCUUGGCGGCAACUUGACGUUGAAGUGUGUUGCCGUAGGCUCACCGAUGCCUGCCGUCAAAUGGAGGAAAGUUACAGGGUUGUCGAAGUGGCUCACGCCCGAAGAUAACCCGCCGCUUGGCAUCAACACACUGAAGUUGGAGGACAUCAAGGAGUCUGCGAACUACACGUGCGAGGCGGCCAGUGUGCUUGGCGUCAUCGAGGCUACCGCCGAAGUCAAAGUGCAAUCGUUGCCCGGCGCCCCAACGGAUGUACGAGCGUCAGAGGUCACCGCAACAACAGUACGGCUGGCAUGGUCCUACAACGGCCCCGAGGAACCACAGUACUACGUCAUACAGUAUAAACCGAAAUACGCAAAUCAGGCAUACAGCGAAAUUUCGGGUGUUAUAACGCUGUACUACUCUGUAACCAACCUGUCACCCUACACGGAGUAUGAAAUGUACGUAAUCGCUGUCAACAAUAUUGGCAGGGGACCUCCUUCAGAGCCGGCAGUUCUCACUACGGGGGAAACUGUGGAUUCUCUAUAUGGAGGUGCCAGACCUGGCUCAGCGCCGAGGAACGUCCAAGUGAGGCCAAUCAGCUCCAGUACUAUGGUGAUACAGUGGGAUGAGCCGGAAACGCCCAACGGCCAGGUCACGGGAUACAAGGUUUACUAUACUUCGGAUCCUUCGCAACCGCUACAAUCAUGGCACUCCCAGAUGAUGGAUAACAAUCACCUCACGACGAUCAGUGAGUUAACUCCUCACACGGUGUACACCAUUCGUGUGCAAGCGUUCACAUCGGUGGGCCCCGGACCCGCCUCGGCUCCCGUGCAAGUGAAGACCCAGCAAGGCGUUCCGUCCCAACCAUCGAACCUGAUGGUGGUCGAGGCUGGUGAGACCUCGGUGACACUGUCGUGGAAGCGACCCUCGCACGCCGGAGACAAUAUCGUCUCCUACGAGCUUUACUGGAACGAUACCUACGCGAAGGAGCAUCAUAAGAAACGCAUCCCAAUCGCUGAGACAUACACUCUGAACGGGUUGUACCCCAACACGAUGUACUACAUCUGGCUCGCGGCUCGCUCGCAGCGGGGCGAGGGCGCCACCACGCCUCCCAUUCCCGCGCGGACCAAGCAAUACGUGCCCGGUCAACCUACGGAUGUCAAAGUAAACGCAGUUAAUUCAACAUCCAUCCACGUCACAUGGAAACCACCUCAAGAGAAAGAAAAGAAUGGAAUUAUUAGAGGAUAUCAUGUCCACGUACAAGAAGUUAGGGAAGAAGGCAAAGGACUUUUGAAUGAUCCACUUCGCUUCAAUGUAAUGGAUGAAACAACGUUAGAACUAAAUAUUUCUGGCUUGCAACCGGAUACAAGAUACAGCGUUCAAGUCGCAGCUUUGACCAGAAAAGGCGAUGGAGAUCGAAGUCCACCAGUCGCAGUUAAAACACCUGGUGGUGUACCAAAUAGGCCUACUGUAAAUCUUAAAAUUUUAGAACGUGAUCCUAUCGUGUCUAUAGAAAUUGAAUGGGCAAAACCUACUCAGACUUAUGGUGAUCUUCUUGGCUUUAGAUUAAGAUAUGGAAUAAAGGACCAACCUUUAGAAGAAAUAAAUUUUUCUGGUACUAAAGUUAACUCUCACCGCGUAAAUGAUUUAGAAAGGGGUGUCCAGUAUGAGUUUCGUGUAGCCGGUCGAAACCCCAUAGGAAUAGGUCAAGAAACUAUAAAAUAUUGGCUUACCCCAGAAGGCGCUCCUAAAGGUCCGCCAACGAAUGUCACAUAUCACUUUCAAACACCUGAUAUCAUAAGUAUUACUUGGGAGCCUCCUAUUAGAGCAGAUCGAAGCGGCCAGAUAAGGAAAUACGAUGUUCAAUUUUAUAAAAGGGGUGAUCAGUCUUCACUCAAUGAAAGGACAACAGAAUUGACCAAAGCAGUUUUUACGGGCUUAGAAGAAGACGCUCAUUAUGUAUUUAAAGUAAGAGCCUAUACAGACCAAGGCGCAGGACCUUACAGCAAAGACAUAACUGCACACACAGAAAGAGAUAUAGGUAGAGCACCCAUGUCAGUCAAAGCUGUAGCUACAUCUGAAUCUGGAGUCGAGGUUUGGUGGGAUACAGUUCCUUCUAGGAGAAAAAUUAUUGGGUAUGUAAUAUUUUACACAAUGACACCUGUAGAAGACUUAGAUGAGUGGCAACAAAAAACUGUUCAUGUAACUCAUUCAGCUGAUUUAGAAAAUUUAGAAAAGUUUGCUGAAUAUGCUAUUGCAGUUGCAGCGAAAAUGUCUGAAGGGUUAGGAAGGCUAUCAGAAAAAGUUACAGUUAAAGUGAGACCUGAAGAAGUGCCUUUGCAUCUACGAGCACAGGAUGUAUCAACUCAUUCAAUGACUCUGUCAUGGUCACCUCCAUUAAGAUUGAAUCCUGUUAGUUACAAAAUUUCAUAUAAUGCCAUAAAAGAGUUUGUCGAUUCUGUUGGUAUGACACAAACUCAAGAAAUUCCUAGAAGAGAAAUAAUAAUCAAGCAUGAUAGAACGUCGUAUUCAAUCAAUGACUUAUCUCCUUUUACUACGUAUAAUGUGAAUGUAAGUGCCAUACCGAAUGACAAAACAUACAGACCGCCGACCAAAAUAACAGUUACGACUCAAAUGGCGGCACCAAAGCCAAUGGUGACACCUGAUUUUUAUGGAGUCGUUGAAAAUGAAAUACUUGUUAUACUACCUCAAGCAUCUGAAGAAUAUGGACCUAUAUCUCAUUAUUAUUUAGUUGUAGUGCCAGACGAUAAAUCUCAUAAUCACAAAAAUCCCGAUCAAUUUUUAACUGAAGAUUUAAUUAAAAAUAAUGCAAGAACGGAUGAUGAGAAUGCACCAUAUAUUGCUGCAAAGUUUCUACAAGGAUCUAUUUUAUAUACAUUCCACUUAGGUAACGAUGAAAUGUACGAAGGUUUUCUUAAUAGGAAAUUAAAUCAAAAUAAAAAAUACAGAGUAUUUGUAAGAGCAGUUGUCGAUACGCCGCAGAAGCAUUUAUAUACAUCAAGUCCAUUUUCCGAAUAUUUAUCACUUGACAUGAGAGAAGCCCCUCCCGGCGAGGAACCUAGUAGACCUGAUCGAAAUGAUAUAAACGGAGACCCUGAAAUAAAGAUUGAAGAAAACAAAAAGGAAGCGGGUAUGGUGUGGGUUAUUGGACCAAUUAUAGCGGCUUUAAUGCUUUCACUUUGUUUAGUAUUAGUUUUCAUUGCAAAGCGAAGGAGGCAACCAUGUAAAACUCCAGAUCAAGCAGCAGUCACGCGUCCUUUAAUGUCUGCUGAUAUCGGAUUCGGAGCUCCUUCAGAUCCUGUUGAAAUGAGGCGGUUGAAUUUCCAAACACCGGCUAUGAUUUCACACCCACCAAUACCUAUUUCAGAACUCGCUGAACAUAUAGACAGACUUAAAAGUAAUGACAACCAUAAGUUUUCUCAAGAAUAUGAGAGUAUAGAACCAGGUCAGCAGUUUACUUGGGAUCAUUCAAAUAUGGAAGUAAAUAAGCCUAAAAAUCGGUACGCUAACGUAAUAGCUUACGAUCACAGUCGAGUCAUCCUCCAGCCAAUCGACGGCAUACUUGGAAGCGAUUACAUCAAUGCCAACUAUUGUGACGGCUAUCGCAAACAUAAUGCGUAUGUUGCUACUCAAGGGCCACUCCAGGAGACGUUUGCUGAUUUCUGGCGAAUGUGUUGGGAACUAAGAACUUCGACGAUAGUUAUGAUGACAAAACUUGAAGAAAGGACAAGAAUAAAAUGCGACCAAUAUUGGCCAAGCAGAGGGAGCGAAUCAUACGGAAUGAUGACGAUUACUAUUGCUGAAGUACAGGAAUUGGCAACAUAUUGUAUCCGCACGUUCACAGUUACUAGAAAUGGUGGUGCAGAACGUCGAGAAAUUAAACAACUGCAAUUCACCGCAUGGCCUGAUCAUGGUGUACCGGACCAUCCGGCUCCAUUCUUACAAUUUCUUCGGCGGGUUCGAGCGCUUAAUCCCCCUGAUGCUGGUCCCCUGGUAGUCCAUUGCUCCGCUGGUGUCGGUCGAACUGGAUGUUUCAUCGUAAUUGAUUCUAUGUUGGAGAGAGCUCGACAUGAACGUACGGUAGACAUAUAUGGACAUGUCACUUGCUUACGUGCCCAACGUAACUAUAUGGUUCAAACAGAAGAUCAGUACAUCUUUAUUCACGAUGCUUUACUAGAGGCUGUUAUUUGUGGUGAUACAGAAGUUCCCGCCCGGAAUUUGCACUCUCAUAUUCAAAAACUUAUGCGUGUUGAUCCCAUAGAAAAUAUAACUGGCAUGGAAUUGGAAUUUAAGAAACUUGCCAACAUGAAAGCGGAUUCUAGUCGCUUUGUUUCCGCGAGCUUACCAUGUAACAAGCAUAAGAAUAGACUCGUUCACAUCUUGCCUUACGAGUCCACCCGUGUGUGUUUGACACCACGUGACGGUUCUGAUUACGUUAACGCCUCAUUCGUCGACGGAUACCGAUAUAGGGCGGCUUACAUCGCCACGCAAGGCCCAUUGUCAGAUACCACCGAUGACUUUUGGCGUAUGCUGUGGGAGCACAAUUCUACUAUCAUCGUGAUGUUGACAAAACUAAAGGAAAUGGGCAGGGAAAAAUGUCAUCAAUAUUGGCCAUCCGAUCGGUCGGUGCGCUAUCAAUGCUUCGUUGUGGAUCCCAUCGCUGAGUAUAACAUGCCGCAGUACAUUCUGAGGGAAUUCAAGGUGACAGAUGCUCGCGAUGGGGCGUCCCGCACCGUUCGCCAGUUCCAGUUCACGGAUUGGCCCGAGCAAGGAGUACCCAAGAGCGGCGAGGGCUUCAUCGACUUUCUUGGUCAAGUGCACAAGACCAAGGAGCAGUUUGGACAAGAUGGGCCUAUCACUGUACAUUGCAGUGCGGGUGUCGGUCGGACGGGCGUGUUCAUAACAUUGUCGACCGUGUUGGAGCGCAUGCAGUACGAGGGAGUGGUCGACGUGUUCCAGACUGUACGCACGCUGCGCACGCAGCGGCCCGCCAUGGUGCAAACUGAGGACCAGUAUGAAUUCUGCUACAGGGCUGCUCUCGAAUAUCUCGGCUCGUUCGACCACUACACCAACUGACCCUGAAACAGGCUCGUAUAAAGCCUGCAUCGCUUUCUAAAGAACAAUACUCUAUCCAUCGCCUUAUUGUCUCUGGGAUAAUCUUUCAGAACACCCCUAUUAAAUUUCUCACCGAAAUCACCAUAGACCGAUUGUAUGACAAUAAAAUUUCCAUUAAUAUCCGGCUUAAGGCCAAUUCAGCACCAUUCACAUUUCAAAGUCCAUUGUUCGUGAUGACGUAUUGAUUGCAAACUAACUGAAAGAUGUUCCAAUAAGCUUCUCUUGAUAUUAGUGCGACUGAAACUAUUGUAUGAUGUGAGCCUAGGAAAUGUUAGUUAUGAUGUAUUUACCAGUGCGACCAUUCUAAUCAUGAUUGUGAAGGAAAGGGUAAUUGUUAUUAAUCGUUAAAGUAGAUACCUUUUAAAAUACCGCAUUACCUUUAUUAAGCGUGUAAAUAAACACGUCCGCCGACCACGGCGUCUAAUGUUAGUAUGAACAUGAAGUAAGUGACCGAGUACUCGAAAACGAUAAAUAGAGGGUAUGCGGAAUUUUAAAUCACUAUAACUAUAUAAUAUACCCUUAUCUUAUCUCUGAGUAACAUAGAAACUAUGUAUUAGGUGUUCUAUAUCUUCAGAGCAGUAUUGAAAUUUGAUGCAUUUAUAUAUUAUAUCAAAUAUAAAAAUUUACUUAAACGUUUGACAAAAUCAAAUAUAUUUCAAUUAACUAUAUAAUGUAAUAUCGAUUGAGCCAUGAAUCAUUAUUUGCUAAUAAAUAUUAUAUUAUAAUUAGGUAAAGAAAUCAGUGCGCUUAGUGACUUAAUGCGAUUAUGAUAUGCGAUUCUAAAACAUAUGACGUAGGAUUUGUGCCCUAAGAAUGUGUCUGAUGUAAUAGAAUAAUGUGGGUUUUAUUCAGUUUUUAUGUUUGUUUUAUUUUGUAUUAAAUAUUUGGUCGGAAGUAAUCAGUAUUAUGAAUGGAAUUAUCUUUUUUCAGAAUUGGAUAUUUCCAAAUAAAUUAUUUAAUAAACUUGAGCCCUUACUAACGUAAAGUUCCUUCGCUGGGCACUUCUCCAAUAAACGACACAAUAUAUUGUAAAAUGUAUAAAUAGUUAUUGCAGCUGUAUUUAGAGGUUUAUUUUUCAUAUCGGGUGUUAUAUACGUUAAGUAGUGAAUAUUGUGAGGUGUUUCAUUAUGCGAUACUAUUGUAACGGAGACGAAUCGGCUGUGUCACAAUACGUUCAUAAUAUACGAGAUGUAGGUACAUAUCAGUACCGAGGAUUAUUCGUGUAACCAUCAAUUUUUGUAAAGUUGUCUAUUAAAUUUUAUUAAUUAGAGGGUCACGUGAAAAUAAGGUUGAAAAAAAACGCCCUGUCAACUGUUAACGUGACAAAACGUCACAUUUCUCAUUUAAAAAUGUCUUUCGUCAUGAGUCAUGUUACAUUUAUGAGUAACUCUUAAAUGACAUAAAUGUCUAGCACGGAUAAUCCUUUCUCAAAUUAAAAUGGCAGCAUGCUUUUUUUUUCUCGCCUUUUUGAUGCUCUUAGUUUUAUAAAUAUAAUAUGUAAUAUAUGAUAAUUAUCACUGCCACUGAGAGACGGUGAUUCGAUGACAUAUCUAAAAAUCAUAAAGUUAGGUAGAAAAUUUUGUCGGUGUGUUGUAACUUGUGACGUAAAAUGAAUUGUGGUAUGAUUAAGUGAUAUCGAAUUUGGCCUGUGGCGCUAAUUUUGAUUAGUAAUAACGUAAUUGAAGUUUUACGACAUCUGAACCUUUGUAGGUGUGAAUGUAAUCAACGAACGCUGUAAAUCACUUUCCUUUCAAAUGAUUCUCAAGCAGUGAUCGUUUGUCGAAAUUGUUUUUCAAUGAGCCCGCCAGUAUUUUGUUGCUGUACUUCUAUCGAUGCGAUUCAACAAUAUUGUGUUUAGCUGUAAUUAGGUUUAGUAUUGUUUACCCUUGCCUGUUAAGUACGGUCUAUGUAAUUCUAGAUUUUCCACUCAUUUUAUACAUACCCUAAUCUAGGAUACUAUACGUGGCUAGCUACGAGCAACAUGUCUUCUAUGUUGCGUCGUUGUUCUGCUCUAAAGAUUAAUAAUAUAACAUUGGAUUGAGGCACACACGUUAUUUAUUGAAGUGAAACUUCUUUAUCGACGUAUGAGAGAAAUUUUAUAACAAUAUCGUCAUGAUUCUUGUCAUGUUGUUGUUUUUUAUCAAAGUUCAGUAUUGUGAUGUACCUAAAGAAUAAUGAAAUUGAUUAAAUAAGAAGAUUAAUUUGUAUGCAUGUCUAUUAUAAUAUAAUAGCUUUUAAUUUAAUACGUUUUUUUUUUCUUAAGUCUUAUCUAUCCAAUUUCUGUGAAGUUGUAAAUAGUAGAAAAAUAAUAUGUCAUAAAGAAGUUUCAUUUCUUAUCUGUGUACUCUGGUACACACACAUAUUUUUUUAAUGGAUAAGCAUGUAAUGUAAGCAGUAUGUAACUUCAUCUAUGGCUUACUUUUUAUUGUUGUACCUAUUCAAAAUUUUCAGAAUGCUGCUUACGUUUUUAAGGCAACUAUUACUACGGUAACUACAACUAAAUGUGAUGUAGGUACAUGUAACGCAAUUGCAGUUGUGUGUUUGUUACAAAUAAAACUGUCAGUUUUAAACCGCUUUAUUGUUAUUAAUAAAAAAGCAAUAACAAAAUGCAACCAAUCCAAUGGUACAAGGCUUUAAACAUUUUUCGCUAUAAAUACUUGUUUCAUUCCAUAAGACAGCGUUAUAUAAUCUUCAAAAAAUAAUUAUUUUAUACAAAAAUUCAUUUCUGCUGAUUUCAGUUCUGAUUGAUCUUAAAGAAUUGUUUUUAUAAUGAGACUGAUUUGUUUUAUAUUAAUCUGAAAUAAUUUGUCGAUACAUUGUCGCCAUAUCUCUUAAUACGUAAUUUGUUACUAAUGAUUUUGUACUAUUUGGUUCAAUUAUAGGUCGUAAGUGUAACUGUUUUAUAUUAUUAUGUUCUCCAUUCCGACUUUCUUAUACGUUCUUUCAUCAUCAGAUUUAAUUUUUCUUGUUAUUUCAUCAAAUGUAUGAAAUCUUUGUAUGUUUUGGUGAGGUAUAUUUAUACGUUGUAACAUUUUUUGUAUGUUGGAUUAUUGAAAUGUUCAUAUAAUUUUUGUUUAGUUCAUAAUUAAUAUGAAAUCGUGGUCAUAGUAAUGCGCAUGCGCAGUAUAAAUAAGAGUGCCUCGGUUGCGUUACUCCACUAAUUCACGGGGCGUCGUCACUAAUAAUUAUUGUUUAGUACAAAUAAUUGGAUUGCUAACGCUUUCCUUUCGCGCCUGUUUAUAUUAGCUGCCGUGACCAGAGCCAUAUUAUGUAGUGUAAUUAAAGAUUGUAGAUAGAUGCGCCUGCGCAGGCUCCGGGCGUGGCGUCGCUUGUACCGUAGUUGAGUUUGUAAACUAUAAUUUGUAAAAGACCCCGCGCUCGACCGGGACACAGUGGAUUCGCAGAACUAUACAUAAUGUAUAUGAAGAAUAAAUUUAUGUGAAAUA